GACAUUUAAAAAAAUAUAAACAAAACGAAUUGUGUUGGUGGAAGGGGAGACCAAAAUUAUUUAAUUAUUUGUUUAUAAUUAAAUUAAUUUGGUAUGAAAUUGUUCUAAUUGGACAAGAUAUUUCUAGUGAAAUAUGGCCGAAAGUAAUGAAGAACUUAACGACGAAGACAUAAUCAUAAACGCUCAAGAUGGUCUUCCCAAUGUACACCCCAACCUGCUACCCGAACAAAAUAUGGACGAAUUUGAAUUUAACUCUGAAGAGGACGAACUUGAUGGUCUACCAUUGUCACUUAUUGUAACAAAUGUUAACGAAUCUGUUUUCAAUAGUGCAGAUAAAAAACGCGACUUAGAAAACCUAUUCAAAAUCUACGAUUCCGAUGUGACAUUUCAAUGGCUCAAAAGUUUCAGACGUUUAAGAGUAAACUUUACCACUCCAUUGGCGGCAGCUACAGCCAGAAUCCAAUUGCACCAAUACCCAUUUCAAGAUUCGAUAAUCACUUGCUAUUUCGCCCAACCAGUAACGCCUGUUAAGAACAGCUCUUUACAGCCACCAGCACCAUAUAAACAGUUCCUUAUUUCUCCACCUGCGUCGCCUCCAGUUGGUUGGGAGCCACGAGCCGAAGGCGAACCCAUAAUUAACCAUGACCUACUAGCAGCUUUGGCUGCUUUAUCUCCUGGGGGAACCCACGAAUUACAUCCCCCUUCUCCAGGCCAACCCAGUAUUGUUGUUCACACUGCUUUAGGUGUGAAUGCUGCUAACAAUACAGGAGCUAAACCAAAAAUUAUUCAGACUACUUGUCCGAAUCGUAUUUAAAAAUCAAUGUUAGCAUUGUUUCUGUGGUAUAUGUAAAUAAUUAUUGUAAGGUUGGUUGAGAGUCUAAACAUGUGCUUGAGAAUCAAGAAAAACAUGUUUGCUUUUCAUUUUUUUGAUAAGUUAUUAAGUUUUGGUUUGAAUGAUGCUGCAAGAGUUUGAAUUAAUUUUUAUUUCAGCAAUGUAUUUCUAUUAUUAGUGUCAGCAUUAAUACUUUAUUUUCUAUAAUAAAUAUACACUUCUUGUUGACGAA